AUGUUAAGGAGCAAUUUGAUGAUCGCGCUGAUAGAAAAGGACAGCGACUUGACGGAGACUGGCACCAAGGGCGUUGGACUCAAAAUUGAAGGUCUGCCACCAAAACUAAAUUCAAAGAGAGAACUCUGUGAAUUUGUCAGCCGCCUCAUCUGUCACGUGACAAUUCAGCACACCGCGCUUAAUUACGAGCUCGCAGACUACGGUUCCUACGUUCCCGACACGCCAACCAAACUGUACAAUGACACCAGAGUAAAGGAAGGGGAGUUCUCGGCUUACCGGCUACCAAACAGAGAGACUGCAGCACUCCAGGGUGCAUUCGUGAAUGCACUGGCAUCUUUCCGUUACGAUACCUUGUUCGACUACCACGACAAGCUAGAUGACGAAGAAGCAAAGAAAAUUGUCAGGAAAUACUAUAAUCGCUUGAGGGAAACUGUUCAGCCUGAUUUGGAAAGAGAGGACAAGAAGCGGCUGGCUAAUGGCGAUCUUACCUAUCCAUACUACUUACCGUCUUGGAUGCCGAAUGGCAUUCAGACCUAAAACGUCUUCUUUACAUAUCGUUUUCGACUUGAUUCUAAAACGAAGUGUCACAGGGCAUAAUAAUCAAGGGGUAACAGCCACGUUUUUGGUUGUUGUUGUUGUUUCAUGAGAUGGCAAAUUGAAUUAAAUCAUAUGAUAUGGGACAUGAUUUGGUAUUUCACACAAUACUAAGGGUGGUGUGGGUUUUCAUUGCGCAGAAAUCUUUUUGAAAAGCUGCAAAGGAGACACUUUUAAGCUGAUUGUCCUUUGUAAAGCUGGCGUAUAAGAGUUUUGACGGGAAAUAAAACAAAUGUAAAGGGA